AUGUUAUCAGUAAAUGUUCCACAGAGCGACUCCACCGGCAGCCCCGUGGGCCUCAGCUGGUCCGGAUCUACGAGUGGAGCUGCUGCUUACGGCAUGAACCUGAACAUAGUGUUUAUGGACAAGAUCCAGCGGAGCGGCCAUAUGGACGACUGCUUAAUCAAGACCAACCCAGCAGUCUUUCGGGGAACCUUCAGAAGUUCCUACCAUGACGACAGUACCACUAAGAGGUUCUACCAUGACGACGGUUCCACUAAGAGGUUCUACCAUGACGACGGUACCACUAAGAGGUCCUACCAUGACGACGGUACCACUAAGAGGUUCUACCAUGAUGACGGUACCACUAAGAGGUUCUACCAGGACGGCUGUCGAAUGUUUAGCAGGAACCUGACUGUCGCUUUUCUCCUCCCUCAGGUGAGCGUGCUGGAGCGCCAGGUGAUCGACUUCCUCGGCUACCAGUGGGCUCCCAUCCUGACCAACUUCCUGCACAUCAUCGUGGUCAUCCUGGGCCUGUUCGGCACCGUCCAGUUCCGGCCCAGAUACGUCACCGGGUACGCCGCCUGGCUCGUCGUCUGGAUGACCUGGAACGUCUUCAUCAUCUGCUUCUACCUGGAGGUCGGAGAUCUGUCCAGAGACUCCGACCUCGUCCUGACCUUCAACCUGUCCAUGCAUCGCUCCUGGUGGAUGGAGAACGGGCCGGGCUGCAGGGUGACUCCCAUCGUGCCUCCCCCGUCCUGGGCGCCCGAGGACCACCGAUAUAUUUCUAUAUCCGGCUGCCUGAUGGAUUUCCAGUUCAUCGAGGUGGCUCACUCCUCGCUGCAGAUACUCCUGGCUUUGGCGGGUUUCAUCUACGCCUGCUACGUGGUCAAACUCAUCUCUGAAGAGGAAGACAGCUUCGAUUUUAUAGGAGGCUUCGACUCGUACGGCUACCAGGGGCCUCAGAAGACCUCCCACCUGCAGCUACAGCCCAUGUACAUGUAA